AUGCCACCUUUUCGUCGUAUACUUUCACGACCCGUUGUAAUUACCAAUAAUACCAAUAAUAAUAAGAACACCCGAACAAAUAUACAAACUUCUUUAAACAAACCACGAAGGUUGCAUAAAUUUGGUCUACAUUUUCAAGAAACAGCUUCAACUAUUCGUCACACUUUAAAACCUCCUUCCAUUUGUUCUUAUUGUAAUGCCAAGCUUUUCUCUGGUGAAACUGAAGGAAUUUGCUGUAUUAGCGGGAAAGUUAGAUUGGCUUCAACUGAACAAGUUGCACAAUUAAGAGAUUUAUUUAUGAGACUUGAUGAAAUGGGAAAUGAGUUCCCUGACCAUGGCUUAGAUCAACGAAUAUAUAAUACUCCAACAGCUUCACAAGUUGCAGGUAUUUGGGUAGAAGGUCAUGAACCCUUAGAUCGUAUGAAACGGGAUAUUAUUAUAAAAUCAAAAUCUAAUAGUUUACAACAUGUCUCUGAACUAAACG